UGUCAGCCCUAGAUAUGGAAAAACAAUUUCCCUAGCAUUACAUCAGGGUGGGUAUUACACACUAGUGGAAUGCUGGUGUUACACUCGAAAAGCAGCACUAGUGCUGUGAGUGAAUAUGGGUUACGGGCUGUGUGCCCAGAGACCGUGGUGUUUGAAUCCUCCCAGUGCCAGUCCUUCCCUCUAAUCUUGGUGUGGACAGCGGGGGUGCAGCAGGUUGCCCUGGGAGAUAAGAGAGAGAGAGAGGUGAGAGAGAGAAAGAGAGAGAGAGGUGAGAGAGAGAGGUGAGAGAGAGAGAUAGAUAGAGAGAGAGAGAGCAGCACAGACAGACCGAUAGAGUGGUAUUUCACAUCUAGACUCUGUGGUGAGCCAGCCUUGGAGGCAGGGGAAGACAGACCGAUCUUUUACACCUCGGUUCUCAGCCUGUCCGCGCUCCGCUCGCGUCACGGUUCCUCUCUGAUUGGCGUCCGAUUGAUAGACCUCCGUCUGGCUCCUAGGAGGCCCACCACAGCCCCCAGUGGCCCUCAGCAGUUCUCUCACCCCAGACGGGGGGACGACGAUGAAUCACCAAGGUUACAGUGCCCAUCUGUAGGGCUGCGUGAGCCUGCCUCUCUGUGUUGACUCUGUGGGACUAGCUACGUGGGUUUGGGACACUGUGGCAGGUUAAUGAAUAACUCAACGAUAACUCCCACUGUACUCACAGCUGUGGGAUUAGCGUGUUCACCUGAGCUCAGGUGGACCCCGGGAAAGUAAAGAGAUGUUUUGAAAUGGAUCCUUUUCCUGGUUUACAGAGUGCCAGGUUGUAUAUCUCAAGUCUGCCGAGUUCUUCGACAUGCUGGAAAGGAUGCAGGUCCCUAAAUCUGAGGAGACGAAGCCCCACUCCCAGAGAAGCAAGGAUGACUACAUCCCAUACCCGCGGAUAGAGGAUAUUCUGGAGAAGGGUAGCCCAUACCCGCAGGUGAUCCUGCCCCAGUUUGGGGGUUACUGGAUUGAGGAUGCCGAGGCGCCUGCGGGCACCCCCACCUCCUCGGAGAGCAGCUUCUGUGAGGAGGAUGACGGAGGGGGCAUGAGCCCUGGGGUUGGGUUCGGCUUCAGGCUGGAGUGUAACAGCUCGGCCAGGGCCUACCGCAAACACUUCCUGGGCAGGGAGCAUAUGAACUACUACUGCACAGGCAGCAGUCUGGGGAACCUCAUUAUGUCACUGAAGCACGAGGAGGCAGAGGGCCAGGAGUUCCUCCGCAUCUUGCUCAGGUCGAGGACAAAGACACACCAUGACAGGAUCUCUCUGGCAGGCCUCAACCAGCUUCCCAGUGUACCCCAGAUAGCCAAGCUCCUCUGUGAUGACGUGACUGGCCUGAAGUUCAACCCGGUCCUGUACCCCAGAGGCUCUCAGUUAAUAGUAGGUUAUGACGAACAUGAAGUGAACAACACCUUUAAGUUUGGUGUCAUCUACCAGAAGUUUGGUCAGACGUCAGAGGAGGAGUUGUUUGGGAACAACGAGGAGACGCCAGCCUUCCGGGAGUUCCUCAGUGUUCUGGGAGACAACAUAGAGCUGAAUGACUUUAAGGGGUUCCGUGGUGGUCUGGACGUAUCCCACGGUCAGACAGGCUCUGAGUCCGUCUACACUGUCUUCAGACAGAGAGAGAUGAUGUUCCACGUCUCCACUAAACUACCCUUCACCGAGGGAGACGUACAACAGCUCCAGAGGAAGAGGCACAUAGGAAAUGACAUCGUGGCGGCGGUCUUCCAGGAAGGUGCCACGCCCUUUGUGCCUGACAUGAUCGCCUCCAACUUCCUCCAUGCGUAUGUGCUGGUGCAGGUGGAGAACCCUGGUACUGAACACACAACAUACAAGGUGUCUGUUACAGCGAGGGAGGAUGUACCUCCGUUUGGACCACCUCUCCCCAAUCCAGCGGUCUUCAAGAAGGGUCCUGAGUUCCGCGACUUCCUCCUGACAAAGCUGAUCAAUGCAGAGAACGCCUGCUACAAGUCUGACAAGUUUGCCAAGCUAGAGGGGCGGACACGAGCUGCACUGCUGGAUAACCUUCACGAUGAGCUCCACAGACAGACCCAAGUUACUCUGGGACAAGGCCAGGCUGGGGAGGAGGACAAGCUGGAGAAUGGGGGCCAUGGGGGACUGCUGGAGUCCUUCAAGCGUGCCAUGCGCGUCCGGAGUCACUCCAUGGAGACCAUGGUGGGGUCCCACCGUCACCGGAGUCCAGGGGUGGGAGGGGGGGUCCCGGCCAGCUUGAGUGGAGGGGGGCUGCCACAGAGCACCGAGUGCACAAAGAGUACCUUCACGCCACCAGUGCUGUCAGCCAAGUCUCCCCUGAAGAGUCCAGUGAAGCGUCGUUCAGGCCUCUUCCCCCGCCUCCACUCAAGCACAGAGAGCCCCUUGGACAGACACACGCGCAGUGACCAAAAGACCCCAGACAUCUGCCCGCUCGGACAGGAAGGGAGGUCAGAGACGUGGUCCAACCCCAGCUCGCCAGAGAUCUGCCCCAACAAGGAGAGGCCGUUCCUCAAGCUGAAAGACUGCAGCAGCAGCAGACCCAACAUCUCCCGCUCCUCCUCCAGCACCAGCAGCUUCAGCAGCACCACCGGGGAGGGAGAGGCCCUGGAGGAGCUUGACACUGGAAUCCACCCGUCCAUAGCCUCCUCGUCUGUGUUCAGCCCCUACCCUUCCCUCAGCGUGGAGAGCCAAGGCUCUGCCACCCCCCUCAUCAUGUGUCGCAGUCCCACAGAUGUGAAGAGUAAGAUGUCUCCCAGGUCAAACUUGAAGUUCCGCUUUGACAAGAUGAGUCACACCACAACUUCCGAAUAGAAAUCUGGAUUUUCCAAAAAAGGGACAACACUGUUGGAGCAAAGAACAUCCCCAACAUCACCAACGCAUCACAAUGGAAUCACAAAAUGUACUGAACUUCAUGACUAAAGGGAAUUAAGUGGAUUAGCUAGUGCAUAAGAGCACACACGCAGACAGAUACUGAGCUGGAAAGGAGGGAGAAUCCUGUGAGUCCUCUCAGUAUCUCUCUCUCUCUCUCUCUCUCUCUCUCUCUCGAUGUGUCUGGUACAGAAAUAGCUCACAGUGAGAGGCUAGGCGCCAUGUGUUGCUGAAAUUCUCAUCUGUAACAUUAACCUCAUACAACAACUAGACAAGGCAAGGUUUAAAGGUCCAAUGCAGGCAUUUAAUCUCAAUAUAAUAUCAUUUCUGGGUAACAAUAAAGUACCUUACUGAGAUUGUUUUCAAAUGGUCAAAAAGAAACAGAAAUAGCUCCUUAGCAAAGGAUCAUUUCUCAAGCAAGAAUUUUGCUAGGACUAUCUGGGAGUGGGGAGGGGAAAACUGAAAAUGAGCUGUUAUUGGCAUAGAGGUUGGGAACUCUCUUUCUUAUUGGUCUAUUAACCAAUGUACUGCGUGGUGAUGUCACCAAUGGAAGGCCAAAACUCCAUCCCACCAGAACAGGCAGAUAUUUCAGGGUUUUUCAAACAGCUCUUACACUAAAAUGGCAUUAUCACCAUUUUCACAAUUUCACAGUAUUAUUCCAACCUCAUAGUGUGGAAAUAUAUAUAGAACACAGGAAAAGCUAGUGUUUGAUUGCACUGGGCCUUUAACCUCACAACAUUCAUCGUCAUUGAUUUACGAAACUGUGGUUAUAGGUCACUUUUUCGCUGCACUCAUCUCUCAGAUUACAGCGAUUGUUCAUUGUGGUCCUCUUCUGCUACGAUCUCCAUAUAUGGGUCCAGGAGGGUGUAAGUUGUGGUACUGGCCUUCAGAAAUGGAUGUUGUUUCACCAUGGGAAAUGUCUCUCUUGUCUUUGCCCCAGUUUGUCUGUCUGUGGACAGUUAGUCUAUUGCCUUACAAGGAGUUCUUCCGGCAGUAGUUUCGCUUCUUUUUGAGUCACUUGUUGUAAUGCUGGUCGUCUUCCCCUCUGGCCUCACACACAGUACAGUCAAUGCAGGUCAAUAGAAUGGAUCAAUCCACAAUAGAGAAAGAUACAGUAUUUAGAUACUGCAUAGAUUCUAGGGUUGGGGUCAGUUCCAUUUCAAUUAAACUACUUAUUUUUUUAAUCUUAUAGGAAUUACAUUGAGGACAAUAAGGAAUUGGAAUUUUUGCUUACUUCCUGUUUCCAACAUGGAAUUGAUAGAUACGGCAUUUAUCUAUAUGGCUCAAUCCUCAUCAAACAGUAUUGAAGUGAUCGGGUUUGUCUUAAGCUGCCGAAGGAAGGGACUUGACCCUCAUAAAUCAAGUGCUCCAUUUGUGGAGAUUUGCUCACACGAAAAGAAAAAUGCCAUUGCGCUCUGUCACAAGCUUAAUUUAGCCAAAGUCGCGCCUUACAAUCUAUCUGAAACCCUUUCACUUUCCAUGUGCUUCUCACUGUGUGAGAGGUUGAGCAGAGAGUUUGGAUAAGGUUUAUUUUGGUUUACGUUUAGCUGUGGGUGUCUGAUGAAUCCAGACCUGGGUUCAAAUACUAUUCGAAAUCUUUCAAAUAAUUUGAGUGUGUGCUCUAGCCUGCCUGGUUUGCCGUUUUGGGACUAUUGUAUGUGUCCAUUAAGCCAGGCAGGUUUAAUCAAGCACAAAGGACGUAUUUGAAAAGGUUUAAUGUAGCAUUUGAACCUUAGGUCUGCUUCUCACAUGUCCUUAUAUAAACAGCCAGUUGUAUUUCACCCAAUGAAUCAAUGUUAAUUGAAAACAUGUCUGCUUCUAAAAGGGUGCAUGUCUGAGAAACUCACAGACUGCUCCAUGGAAAUCAUUUUCAGUAGUUAAAGUCAUUUCACAAUGCUUUUUUUCUCUCACUAACAUUUCUCCAAAAAGAAAUAAUUGUCAAUAUAAUAUUUUAAAGGGAUCUUGCAUAUUUUGGAACUGUGAUUGAAUGCCUUGUGAUUUUGAUGGUUCAUUUUUCAGUCUUAAGUAGAAGCAAACAGCAAAAAAACGUUUGAUCUUACAAACCCCAAAACAAUGUUAGUGCAUUGUAGUUCCAAAAUAUAUGAUGGCUUUACCUUGUUGCAAGCUACAUGAUUACAAACAAAUCAUGUGUGAAUGUCUUCACCCAGGAACACAUCGAAAUUUGCAUGGUCUCCAUUGAUGUGACCAAAUCAGUCAGCUACAGUGCCUUGCGAAAGUAUUCGGCCCCCUUGAACUUUGCGACCUUUUGCCACAUUUCAGGCUUCAAACAUAAAGAUAUAAAACUGUAUUUUUUUGUUUUGCACAUCGAGAGACUGACAUUUUUUCCCAUUCCUCCUUGCAAAACAGCUCGAGCUCAGUGAGGUUGAAUGGAGAGCAUUUGUGAACAGCAGUUUUCAGUUCUUUCCACAGAUUCUCGAUUGGAUUCAGGUCUGGACUUUGACUUGGCCAUUCUAACACCUGGAUAUGUUUAUUUUUGAACCAUUCCAUUGUAGAUUUUGCUUUAUGUUUUGGAUCAUUGUCUUGUUGGAAGACAAAUCUCUGUCCCAGUCUCAGGUCUUUUGCAGACUCCAUCAGGUUUUCUUCCAGAAUGGUCCUGUAUUUGUCUCCAUCCAUCUUCCCAUCAAUUUUAACCAUCUUCCCUGUCCCUGCUGAAGAAAAGCAGGCCCAAACCAUGAUUCUGCCACCACCAUGUUUGACAGUGGGGAUGGUGUGUUCAGGGUGAUCUUUUUGUAUCCAAAUCCGGCUUUAAACUUCUUCACAACAGUAUCUCGGACCUGCCUGGUGUGUUCCUUGUUCUUCAUGAUGCUCUCUGCGCUUUUAAUGGACCUCUGAGACUAUCACAGUGCAGGUGCAUUUAUACGGAGACUUGAUUACACACAGGUGGAUUGUAUUUAUGAUCAUUAGUCAUUUAGGUCAACAUUGGAUCAUUCAGAGAUCCUCACUGAACUUCUGGAGAGAGUUUGCUGCACUGAAAGUAAAGGGGCUGAAUAAUUUUGCACGCCCAAUUUUUCAGUUUUUGAUUUGUUAAAAAAGUUUGAAAUAUCCAAUAAAUGUCGUUCCACUUCAUGAUUGUGUCCCACUUGUUGUUGAUUCUUCACAAAAAAAUACAGUUUUAUAUCUUUACGUUUGAAGCCUGAAAUGUGGCACAAGGUCGCAAAGUUCAAGGGGGCCGAAUACUUUCGCAAGGCACUGUAUAUUUGAGUUUGGGAGAAUAUCCAUGCACUAUAGCUGUAUAGAGGUUCAUUCUUAUCGCUGGAGUAUUUGUGACUGGAGUUCUGUUAUGUGGUACACAAAAACUCAGAAAGUUGAGCAGGCCAGAAAGUUAUAUAGGAACUAGUCUUUUAGUUUGUAGAGGGCAUCCACAAGUGCCCCUCAGCCUACUCUUUGUUAAUAAGGCCAUAAUUUAUUGAUUUUAUCUUUUGCUAUUGAUGUUAUGUAAAAAUGUAAUUGCAGAUUAAAUGAAUGAAAGAGGUCAAAUGAAAGGAAAUGUUAAUUUAAAAAGCCUAAACAUGAAUAUGUAUAUUUCGUUAUGUAAUGUGCCAUUAAGAAUUUAUUGUAAAAUAAAAUGUGGUAUUUUGUGUCAA